AUGGUGGAGGGCUUUCGCGUCGUGGACCAGGCCUGCCCGAUCCUCGAUGAGGACGGCUCCCAGGCUGGCAUUCUCAGACUCCUCGUCUUCCUGGAGGAUUUGGGUGCCGCCAAGGUGGCCAGAUCCGAGGAGGCUCCCAAGGGCGAGGUUGCUGCCCCAGAGACAGCCCCCGUAAGACGGCGCAACGAGGCGCAUCAGGCAGACGCUGCAAAAGCUGCUGGACUUGGCGCGACAGCGGCGACAACGGCCAGUCAGAAGUCUUUGCUGGAAAGCGCCUUCGGACUGGAGCUAUGGCGGCAAACGGAGGAGGACAAAUUCAGGGCGUACUUGGCAGAGCAGGAAGCUGACCUGAAAGCUCGCCUCGAGGAGGAGUAUCGACAGCGGGAGGAGGCACGCGCUGCCGAAUGUACCCAGCGGCAGGCCAAGAUCCAGCACGUUGAAGCCACGGUAAGGAGGAAGCUUCAGGAGCUUCAACAGAAGGAGCUCUCCAUCCAGUCUGAGGAAGCACGUGUGGGUAGCUUGCAGCUCAAGGCCCAGCGAGACAGCGAGAUGGCAAUGGCGCAGCGAGAGGAUGUGGCCAAGCAGGAGAUGUCCGAGCUUUCGCACAGCUUGGAACUGUCCCGUGCACGGAGUCACUUCUUGGAGGAGCAGGUGGCAGGAAUGGAGGCCCAGCUUUCCGCUGCUUCGACCAAGCUCCGAAGCCUGGAAGAGGCCAAAAGCGAGCACGACACGGAACUGCGAGCCAUGAUGGCGCCAUCGCCGGAGCUGAAAGAGGAGUUGCAAGAGCUGCGCCUGCGCCUCCGAGAGCAGGAAGUCCGAGGGGAGGCCAUCGCCGCUUCUCGAGACCACUUCAAGCACAAGGUCCAGGAGCUUUGUGGGCGCCUUCUUGGCUCGGGCCCUGCUCAGAACACCCAGACCCAGGAGACCGCCCUGACGGCUCUUGGUGUACUUGGAACAUCUUCGGCUGGGGACGUGACCAACAGCAUCACCGAAGCCCUGCGCAAGGUGAGGCAGGAGUUGGCAAACCUGGCGUCUCACUGGGACCGGGCUGACCCAGAUCAGACGCGAGAAGAGCCGGAGAGGCCCGCGGCGGGUCCAGUGCGGACUUCACAGGACUCUGAAAAAGCAGAGCGGCACCUCGCCUGGCUCAAAACGCAGCGGCGUCAGCUGCUCGACAGCGGCGUGUAUGGAAGCAGCGACGCUGUGGUACUAGCGCUGGAUGUGAAGAUAGCGCAGGCCGAGGCCCAGGUCACUUGA